UUAGGCAGCGCUCGAGGCGUUGUCCCGGCGGCCGGCCUCUAUUUGCUCCGUCGUAGGCAGGUCGCAGGUCGCCUCGUCGUGGUGGCGGGCGGCGUGGUCGAUACCUCGUCGUAGCUACACCCAUCGUCUAUUGGGCGAGAACGCCGGCAUCCGUGCGCCGGCGGUGAGCUUGAAACGGCUUGACGACUCGCUCACGUAUUCACGCAUGGUAAACGGAUGGAAAAAAGGCGGCGGUGGGGCGUCAACGGUGGAGACGGUCGAGGAGGGGCCCGCCAAAUAUAAGCUAAAGAGAUUGUCCGAUGGACCAUACGAAAUUUCUCACCACGCACGCGACACGCUAAUCUCCGCCGCGCGCGUCGUGACUUCCUCUGCAACCGCUCCUGCAAGCGCGCACCCACACACGCGCGAUCCGCGGUCAUCUAUCGAUCUAUCGAACAGUCUCUCUUUCUCUCUCUCUCUCUCUCUCUCUCUCUCUCUCUCUCUGUUUCUCCCUUUCCGUUUCCCCCGUGGGAUUUUCCCUCCGUACGACGUAGCCAUGAAGAAGACGUCGGCCGUCGUAGUGACUCUCCUGACGACCGCGCUCGUCCUCGCCGCCGGCCAGACCAUCGACGAGUGCCUCAAGCAGGACAGCAUAUCCUGCGUGCAGAACAGCCUGUACAGAAGCGCGAAGGACUUCUUCGGUAAGCAGCAGUUGGAUCUCGUGACCGGGGUCAGCCUGGUGAAGAACAAGGACGACGCCAGGAGCGCCAGGUCCGGCAAGGAACUCGCGCACGACCAGGAGAUGGACGCCGCCACCGGCGUGGCGGAGCGGCAGGACGCCCUCGAGAACUUUAUCGGCGACGAAGUCGGGCAGUUCUUGACCGGCCGCAGUCUCAGGAUCAACCUCGCGUCGGCCUUCGAGAAGGUGAGCGGAUCGGUUCGCGCCUUCAGCGAGUCGGUACCUCCGGAGAUUCGCCAGGCCGUGGAUGAGGUGGUCGAAGGCCGCAAGAGGAAGAAGAUGAGGCGCAUCUUGCCGCUGUUGAUAGCCGCGAAAAUCAAAAUGGGACUCCUGGCGACCCUCACGUACUUCGUCGCCGGCCUGUUGGCGAAGAAAGCGAUCUUCGCGUCGCUCAUCUCCCUCGCCAUCUCCGCCUUCGUCGGCAUGAAGUCGCUCUGGGGCGGUGGCCACGGCCACCACGGCGGCCACGACGUUACCUCUUACUCCAACGGCUGGGCCCCGCCGGUCAGCGGCGGCUGGUCCGGCGGCGGCGGCGGCGGCGGAUGGUCCGCUCCAGUGGUCUCCAACAGCGGGUGGAGCAGCGGUGGCGGUUGGGAAGACCCUCACGCGCACGGCCAGGUGCACCCGACCUACCAUCAUUAACGGCGGCUCUUCAGCGUUUCCUCCUCCUCUUCUUCUUUCUCAUCGAGCGGCGGACGGAACAGCGAAGAAGAACGGCAGCCCACAACGGCCCUCCCGCUCGGACGCUUGGCGCGUCAGUUGGCCGCCCUUGUUCGCGACAGCGUGACAAUAUUUAUUUCUAAUUUAAAUCGUUCAAGUGGGUCGAGAGGGCGCGCGCAGGGCCGUCGGCCCUACCGCGGUGUACAUACCGAAUGCAUCAAUCGCUCAGCCGCCCGUGCGCGCGAAUGGAUCGAACAGAAACGCAAGCGAAUCAAACCGAGAUUGCUAGUCGCAGGCACGUAUAAACCGAUGGAGGCUGAGCUAACUCGCGCGACACGGGCCUCCGUUAAUCGCGAUAUAUUGUAGGAUGCAUCUUAGUCGCGACCUCGCGGGCCUCAGCGCGAGAGCUCCCGCGCGAGAGGCCGCGAUUCGUCGCAGCACACAACCCAGUCGACGCGGUACAUCUAGUCUGAUACGAUGUGUAUGAAAUACUUGCUGGCCUCACUCUCUCUCUCUCUCUCUCUCUCUCUCUCUCU